AUGACUUCACUUUUGGCAGGGAAUUAUGGGUAUGGAAAAUACAACCGCGAAAAACUUCCUUCCUUUGAUCGCCGGCAAUUCUUGACUUUAUUUAACUUUCAUGAAAAUGGGUAUCUUAUGGAUGAUACUUGCACUAUUAUUGCUGAGGCUUCAGUCAAGAAGCAUGGUACUGAUCACAGUCACUUGAUUAUGAAGGGUAUCAUGUCUUCUUUUGAGUUAGUGGAUUUCAGGGAUCUAUGCAAAGUAGAGAAAAGAUUUGUUCAACUAUUGGAGGAAGCGUGUUCAUAUCACCCUAUUCUUAUUGAAAAUCAGAAGAAGAGGAAUAGAACUAAGAAGUUUAUUGAAUGGUCGUUCACUGCUUUGGGAAGAGUUUUGCAUUUUCUUGACACCACGAGUGUGGAGAAUAUGAAUGAUGAUGCAUGUAAUGAGCUUCAGAAUCUAUGGGAGGAACUUAAGACUUUUGGAUUUGAUGAUUUGACUUGGUUGGAGCUUCAUGUUCUAGAUGCAUUGUCUAUGAGAACCCAUAUGGAGGUUGAUCUUCAUGCAGCUAAAAUGGAGGAAUCGAGAAUGGCAGCAAAUGGAGGAAUAAUAGAGAGCGUUGUCAAAGGCCUUAUAACGUGCUUCCAACCGGAAGGCAAGCAAUAA